AUGGACUGUACUGAACUUUCCCCUUCUCUGGAUGUUUGUCAUAACAUCCUUGCCUCCAUCAGAUGCAGUGAAGAGCCUGACUACAGUGUAGAGGAUGCCACUCUCCAGUCUGCUGCAUCUGCAAUCAGCUCCUUGGAACCAAUCACGUGGAACAAGGUGAAAGUUGCCACCACUAGCAAUGUAUCCAUGGCCAAACUCGUUGAUCUUAUUGAAACUGGGAUGCCAGAAUCCCGCCUUGAACUUUCUACCGCACUACGUGAAUAUCAUCAGUUCAGAGAGCAUCUCCACAUGGUAGACGGAGUUGUGCUAUACAAGGACCGGAUUGUGAUCCCACCAGCACUACGUGAAGAUGCCCUUACUGCCCUCCAUUCUGCACACCAAGGCGUCUCAUCAAUGAUGUCCAGAACUGAAGCAUCUAUCUUCUGUCCCGGACUCACAUUGGCCGUUACAACCCUCCGAACCAACUGUGCUCACUGCAAUCGGAUGGCUCCAUCACAACCAUCAGCCCCACCAACACCACUAGUAUACCCAUCCUACCCCUUCCAAUGUCUAUGCGCUGACUUCUUUCAUUACAAGGGCGUCAACUAUCUAGUGCUGGUCGACAGAUACUCCAACUGGCCAAUAGUGGAGAGAACUGCUGGAGGUGCACCUGGACUCAUCAACUGCUUACGACGCACAUUUGUCACAUUUGGCAUACCUGAUGAACUUUCCUCUGAUGGGGGAACCGAAUUCACAGCCUCUGCAACCAGAGAGUUCCUUCACACAUGGUCAGUACAUCAUCGACUAUCUUCUGUCGCCUUCCCCCACAGCAACUGCAGGGCAGAAAUUGGCGUGAAGACAGUCAAACGCAUGAUCACUGACAACACCGGACCCCAAGGUGAACUUGACACGGAUGCUUUCCAGCGGGCAAUGCUUCAGUACAGGAACACCCCAGACAGAGACACAAAGUUAUCUCCUGCUAUGAGUGUUUUUGGCAGAGCCAUAAAGGACUUCAUCCCCAUCCUACCCGGUCGGUACAAACCUCAUGAGACAUGGAGCGAUACACUAUUACUGAGGGAGGAGGCACUCAGAAACCGACAUGAAGAUGGCAGAACGUCUCACUCAGCACACCAAACAGCUCCCACCUCUCGCAGUUGGUGA